GUCGAACAUCCCCAGUCUUGCAUCAUGUCAACGCUUCAGAACAGAACGUUUGAGUUCCAGCAAUGUGUGACGUCCUUCGACAAGAUAAACAAGAAGCCGGCCCACCAGGCUCACCCGCGGAAACAGAAAUCUAAAUUCGGCCAGCAGGCCAGUGUGAUUGCCAGAGAUAUUGCCCAUACUACAGAGUUAUUGACUAAGUUGGCGUUGUUAGCCAAAAGGAAACCGUUGUUUGAUGAUAAGCCGGUUGAAAUCGGGGAAUUGACCUACGUUAUCAAACAAGAUAUAUUUAAAAUUGAACAAAAUAUUCAAUUAUUACAGAAAUUUAUAAAGGGAGAGAACUCGAUUCAAAUCGAUAGUCAGAUUAACCAGUACUCUAAAAAUGUGUUGACUUUGUUGAAUUCUAAAAUGAAAAAUAUCAGUGGAGAAUUUAAAAACGUUUUAGAGUUAAGACAACAAAAUGAAUUAUUGAAUAAAUCAAGAACGGAAAACUUUCUUUCUUCCACCACAAACCAUCGUCAAAGUAAUUCAACUUCUCCGUUAUUAGAUAAUAAGCAAAAUACUAACUUGAACUUAGGUGAAAAUCCUUACUUGUUAUCUGCUUUAAAUUCCCAAUCUCCCCAACCUUAUAAUCCCGAUUUAGACCCUGACACUUCAGUGCCUAAUUCAAAUGGGGAAUUUUUAUCAAUCCCCGAUCAAACUAGACAAUUACUAUUAAUGGAAGAACAAUCAAACUCUUAUUUACAACAACGUAAUAGUGCAGUGGAAACUAUAGAAUCAACCAUUAACGAAGUGGGUAACUUAUUCCAGCAAUUGGCCACCAUGGUUAGUGAACAAGGUGAAACAAUUCAAAGAAUCGACCAAAACGUCGAUGACAUUUCUCUUAAUAUAAAUGGGGCUCAAAGAGAAUUAUUAAAAUACUAUACCCAUAUUUCAAAUAAUCGUUGGCUUUUCCUCAAAAUUUUCGGGGUUUUAAUCGCUUUCUUCCUAUUAUGGGUCCUCGUAAGCUAACCCUUUCCUUAUCUCUCUGUAUACUACUGUCAUUAUAUAUAUAUAUAUAACUGCUAUUCCUAAUAGUAUAAG